AUGGAGCAAGAAAGCAAAUCUGAGAUGGUGCGAUUGCAGAGUGCGCAAGAUGCACCGCCUAUAAAUGGUGAUAACGGAGAUUAUGAUCCACAUAACCAUCGGCAGCUCCCAAGACCCACAAAUAACCUGGAGACCCUAGUCCACUUGCUCAAAUGCAGCUUGGGCACGGGCAUCCUGGCCAUGCCGCAGGCGUUCGCCCGUGCUGGCCUUGUCGUAGGCAUCUUGGCCACUGUCAUCGUCGGUGCGAUCGUCACACAUUGUUUGCAUAUGCUAGUAGGCGCGCAGUAUAAUGCGUGUAAACGAGUACGGUCUCCCUUACUAUCGUAUCCUGAAGCCAUGAAGGUUGCAUUAGCUGCCGGUCCCACUUCGAUGGGACGCCUUGCUCGUCCUGCAGCCGUUGCUGUAGAUGUUUUCCUGGUGGUGUACCAACUAGGAAUUUGCUGUGUCUACAUAGUUUUCAUAGCUGAUAAUAUCAAAAAGGUGAUCGAUCCCGUUUAUGUGAUGAGUAUAGAGAUACACAUGGUCAUCAUACUGGUGCCUCUGAUAGUAUUCAAUUUGAUACCAAGCCUGAAGUUGUUGGCACCGUUCUCCGCAUUAGCUAAUGUGCUUACUUUAGUCGGAUUGGGCAUCAUCAUCUAUUUCCUGGUAACAGAAAAGCGGACAGAGGAGACUCUGGACUUGUGGGGUUCAGCGGCGACAUUCCCACUGUUUUUUGGCACGGUACUCUUCGCCCUCACCGCAGUCGGCGUGGUGGUCGCUUUGGAGAAUAACAUGAAAACACCCAAAUCGUUCGGUGGCCCAUGCGGGGUCCUCAAUGUGGGAAUGAGUAUUAUAGUUCUGCUGCUGGCGUCUUCGGUGAUAAUAAUGUUCGCUAUAGCUAUAUUCAUUAGCUACGGUCUCCACUGCUACGUGCCGGUGGAAGUAGUAUGGAAAGGGUACAUGUUACCCAGACUGGAAGCUAGUGGUUCACAGAGGAUCACAUUGUGGGAGUACGCGCUGAGGAUAGGCCUAUGUCUACUUACGUGUUAGUGUUAUAUUAAUACACAGCUUUAUCCUUUUGCCACUGACAUUUUUGGUACCAGGUUCAAACUAUAUAAUACACCAAAAUAAUUCCGAACGUCUCAAUUUGUCGUUUUAUCUUGUGUGAUUGUGAAAUUGUUAAAGACGGUCCAUGUUUAAACCAAGUAUUAACUUUAGUCAUCGUUUUAUGAUAAGCAUUUCAAAAUAUAUAUUGAUAGUUUUAGAAUAAAAAAAAUAAAAUGUGCCUUUUGUAAUCUCACUAUAUGAUAUGAAAGCAUUUCUUUUGUCGUUAUUAAAAAUUUCAUAGAACAAACAAUUUAUUUCAAUAAUUUACUAAGAAGAAGACAAUCUCAAUUGAAAGGGAUAUGAUUAGGAACCAGAAAGC